AUGGGGGAACGGGGCUCGACGGGGGGCGCUUGGGGUGCGCGCGACGAUGCCUCGUGGUGGCCGGGCGGUUCAGGUGAACUGCAGCACCAGCAACAAUUAAAUGAAGAAAUAGCCAGGAGCACAGCUGCGACGACACAUCAGCUCUACACUUAUAAAAUGACUAGUGGAUUUUCAAACAACACCGGCGACAACUCGUCGCCUAAUUUUGAUUAUCGCUUGAUGACCAACUCGAAUGCAAGGGAGGAGUCUCCACAACAGCCAUGGUGGUAUGCGUCAGGUUCAGUGGAGACACAGCAGGCUUCCUCUUCGCCCCAAAAUCAGUCAAGCCCGGACCCCGAGCAGAGCAACCAACAAGCUAACGGUUUACAAAACCAUCAAUCGUUACAACAGCAACAACAACAGCAGCAGCAGCAACAACAAGAGCAAAAUCAGGCGAUUCAACAACAGAAUCAGUUGCAACAGCAACAACAGAGCCUACAGCAGGCGCUGCAGCAACAAAGUCAGACUUUGCAGCAACAAAGUCAGACUUUGCAGCAAACUUUGCAGCAACAGCAGCAGAAUCAACAGACCCUGCAACAAAUGCUACAAGAGCAACAACAGCAGCAGCAACAACAACAGCACCAACAACAACAUCAACAACAGCAUCAAAAUAUUCAACACUCACAAGACCAACAGAAUGCGCAGAAUCUACAACAGUUACACGUGAGCCAAGCGCAAGCGAACGCUCUUGCACAGGCUCAGGCCGCGUUACAACAGCAAGUUGUUCAGUCGUUUCAACAACAACAACAAAAUCUGCAUGACCACAUACAGGCUGUCCAGCAACAACAGAUUCAAGCCGCUUUACAACGACAGUCAGCUACGUUACAGGAAUUACAACAACAGGCUCAACAUCAGCAAGCACUACACCAGGCCACAAAAGUGAGAAUGCCACGAGCGCGGGCGUAUAACAAACCACGCGGCAGGAUGACCGCGUAUGCUUUCUUCGUGCAGACAUGUCGCGAGGAACACAAAAAGAAACACCCCGAAGAGAACGUCAUAUUCGCUGCGUUUUCGAAGAAAUGCGCCGAGAGAUGGAAUACAAUGUCGAAGAAAGAGAAGCAGAGGUUCCACGACAUGGCGGAGCAAGAUAAGCAACGUUACGAUCUGGAGAUGCAGAACUACGUGCCGCCUAAAGACGUCAAAGUGCGCGGGCGCAAGCGGCAUCAAGUGAAGGACCCGAAUGCGCCCAAAAGAUCGCUAUCCGCCUUCUUCUGGUUCUGCAAUGACGAACGUUCAAAAGUGAAAGCCAACAACCCAGAGUACACAAUGGGCGACAUCGCCAAGGAACUGGGCAGGCGCUGGGCCGCUGCUGACCCCGAAAUUAAGUCCAAAUACGAAUCGCUGUCGGAGCAGGACAAGGCGAGAUAUGAUAGGGAAAUGACAGCCUACAAGAAAGCAUUAGAGCAGCAGCAGUCGCAGCCGGAAGUCCACGAAGAGGAAGAAUAUGAAGGAGAAGAGGAUUUCAAGUGUUAA